CGGUCGCGCGCGUCUCGCUGGUGAUGACGCACAUCCGGGGCGGUGGAGGCAGCAAGAUGGCGGCGCCCAUGGAGGUGGCCGUGUGUACGGAUUCGGCGGCACAGCUGUGGAGCUGCGUCGUGUGGGAGCUGCACUCGGGCGCCAACCUGCUCACCUACCGCGGCGGCCAGGCCGGACCGCGCGGCCUGGCGCUGCUCAACGGCGAGUACCUGCUGGCGGCGCAGCUGGGCAAGAACUACAUCAACGCCUGGGAGCUGCAGCGGAAGGACCAGCUCCAGCAGAAGAUCAUGUGCCCCGGGCCUGUCACCUGUCUGACCACGUCGCCCAAUGGCCUCUACGUCCUGGCGGGCAUCGCAGAGAGCAUAUACCUGUGGGAGGUCUCCACGGGGAACCUGCUGGUCAUCCUCAGCCGCCACUACCAGGACAUCUCAUGCCUGCAGUUCACGGGGGACAGCAGCCACUUCCUGUCGGGGGGCAAGGACUGCCUGGUGCUGGUGUGGAGCCUCUGCAGCGUGCUGCAGGUGGACCCGUCCAGGACGCCAGCCCCCCGGCACGUCUGGUCCCGCCACACCCUCCCUAUCACAGACCUGCACUGUGGCCUCGGGGGGCCCCUGGCCCGGGUGGCCACCGCCUCGCUGGACCAGACGGUGAAGCUGUGGGAGGUCUCGUCGGGCGAGCUGCUGCUGUCCGUGCUGUUCGACGUGGGCAUCAUGGCGGUGACCAUGGACCUGGCCGAGCAUCACAUGUUCUGCGGCGGCAGCGACGGCUCCAUCUUCCAGGUCGACCUCUGCACCUGGCCCGGGCAGAGAGAGAAGAGCUUCCAGCCGGAACAGGACAGCGGGAAGGUGUUCAGAGGGCACAGGAACCAGGUGACCUGUCUGUCGGUGUCCACUGACGGCAGCGUGCUGCUCUCGGGCUCCCACGACGAGACCGUGCGCCUGUGGGACGUGCAGAGCAAGCAGUGUGUCAGGACGGUGACCCUCAAAGGCCCCGUGACCAACGCCUCUAUCAUGCUGGCGCCCAUCAGCAUGCUGAGCUCCGACUUCAGGCCCAGCCUGCCCCUGCCGCACUUCAACAAGCACCUGCUGGGCGCCGAGCACGGCGACGAGCCGCACCGCGGAGGCCUCACGCUGCGCCUGGGCCUCCACCAGCAGGGCUCGGAGCCCAGCUACCUGCAGCGCGCGGAGCAGCUGCACGCGGUCAUGUGCGGCACCAUGGAGAAGAACGUCCUGGGCGGCCAGGAGCAGCUGCGCGUGCGCGUGACGGAGCUGGAGGACGAGGUGCGCAACCUGCGCAAGAUCAACCGCGACCUGUUCGACUUCUCCACGCGCAUCAUCACGCGGCCGGCCAAGUGAGCGCGGGGCGCGGACCCGGACCCCGGACCCCGACCCCGGCCGCCCCGGGCCCAACUCGCCCCUCUUCGUUCCCGUUUUGUCUGGACUUUCGCCCCGUGUGGGGCCGUGUCGUCUGAGUGUUCACCCAGCGGUGUCGUGUGUCACGUGGUGCCAUUCUGUUUUUAGCAAAAACCCUAAGGUCCCUUCUCUCUGGGCCUCCGCGUGCCGCACCCCGGAGGCCUGGGCCCGCCCCAGCGGAACUCACUGGAGCGCACGCCGAGUCCGAUUUUAUAAACCUGUUUUUAAGAA